UUGCAAAGUAAAGAAGGGGACAAACUCCUUUGUGCAUAUCGACUUCUGUUAGCAGAGAGACAAAAACUGCAAUUAUUCAACAGAUGGAUUUUGAAGUAGUCUUCUCAUUUUUUUAACUUCUCAUUUCUUGACUUCUCAUUUUUUUGACUUCUCAUUUUUUUGUCUUCUCAUUAUUUUUACUUCUCAUUUUUUUACUUCUCGUUUUUGUGACUUCUCAUUUCUCAAUUCUCUUUCAAUAAAACGGGUAAAAUGGAAAGAAAUGAAUGGAAAAAAACCAUAGUUGUUAAUACCUACCCAAUCUUAAAAUGGGUAAGGUAAAUGGUGGUUGUUAGGUAGUAUCUUGUGCAGUAUUAAGAAAAUUGUUUUUUAAGUGCAAAAACAAAUUGAAGCAAGGCUGUCUUCAUUAAAUUCUAAACACAAAAUGUCUGAGAUUGUCAAAGGAGGUUGGAACAAGUAUCUCCUCCAGCUCCAACUCCAUCCUCUUCGGACCAAGGCAAUAACAGCCGGAGUUUUGGUUGGGUCCAGUGAUAUAAUUGCUCAGAAGAUUUCUGGGAAUAAGAAGCUUCAAUUGAAAAGAAUACUUCUUUUAGCUUUAUAUGGGUUUGCAUACUCAGGACCAUUUGGGCAUUUUCUGCACAAGUUGAUGGAUUAUCUGUUCAGAGGAAAGAAGGGCAACAAAACUGUUGCUACCAAGGUCUUGUUGGAACAGUUAACCUCUUCUCCUUGGAACAACAUGCUUUUCUUGAUGUACUAUGGCUUAGUGGUUGAAGGGAGGCCAUGGAGUCUUGUGAAAAAGAAGGUUCGGAAGGACUACCCCUCUGUACAGUUGACUGCUUGGAAGUUUUGGCCAGUAGUCGGGUGGAUCAACUACCAGUACAUGCCCCUGCAGUUGCGUGUUUUAUUUCACAACUUUGUUGCCUCAUGCUGGGCAAUUUUUUUGAAUCUGAAGGCAAGAUCAGUUGCAAUUAAGAAGGCAUAAUUUGGAUGGUGAAGAGACUAGAUGCUAUUGUUCUCCUCAGCUCUUCCAUGUUUCAUGAUUACUCUUCCUAAUUUAGUAAUUCCUAUUAUUCAGUUUUCUUUUUCUAAAAUUACAAUAAUGAAUUCCUCUCUUGCUUAGCUUGUAUAUGAGGUGCAGUAAAUUUUAUUCCUUCCAAUACCCACAUAAAAUGUUACACUACACAAAUUUCAAAAUCGCCAUUUUCAUUUUUAAAGGCUAUUUCAAUCCAAAAGGAAAUAGAGUGUGCAUGUAUGUAAUCUUCUCUGCC